AUGCCCGCCGCAAUAGCAGACCUACCAACCACCCCCAACGGCAGCUCCACCACCACCGAGCUUGUCGCCGUGACGGGCGUGUUUGAAUUAUCUCAGGUGAGGUACACGCAGUUCUACUGCGAGGAGAACAUAUACCACAUGAUCCGGGACCAUGUGGCGCCCGAGCUGUGGGAAGACUUCUAUGUGGUCUUUAUCUCGAACACUGAGAAGCGCGUCGCACUGAACUUCCAGAAAGUCUGCACCACCCCCACAACCCCCAUCUACUGGGACUACCACGUAAUCCUCCUCCACCACCCCCGCGCCACCCCCCACACCAUCACCGUCUACGACCUGGACACAACCCUCCCCUUCGGUCUCGCGCACCACCACUACUUCACGCACACCUUCUUCUCCACGCCCCCCGACACCACCGCUCCGCCGGCAAGGUUCAAGCUCGUCCCGGCGGCGGACUACAUGCAGCUGUUUGCGAGCACGCGCGCACACAUGUGGCGCGAGGAGGUGACGGAGGAGGGGGACCGAGAGUGGCGGUGGGUGGCGGAGCCGCCGGGGUGGGCGGCUGUUGUGUCGGAAGGUGAGUUUGCUUCGUUCUCUGUUCUGUUUUUUUGGGGGGCGUUGCGGGAUGGGGAUAAUGAUGGCAGCUGA